AAAUUUAGUUCCUCAAGGGGGAUAUGAAAAUUACAAUAUAGAGUACAACCCUCUUACACUGUCUUUCUCCUCAUCAAAAAGUCCCCACAAACCCCCAAUACUUGGUGUAAAGAAUAUCUAUAUAUCAUCAUCUAGGAAUGGUCUAGUACCCAUCUACAAACCCCCAUUUAUGCAGUACAACCACAAAUAAAAACUCAAAAACAAACCACAUUCAAACCCAUAUACCCUAUAUGCUAUUUCCAUUGAAUUUUUACAUUAAAAACUCAUCAAGAUCAUUUCCUAUGCCUGUUGCCCACUCCUUCCCUCUUCCUUCUUCUGAAAAUCUCACUUCCCAAAAUUAUGAGCUGCCUCUUAGCACCAAAAAGAAACGCAAGCCAGCAGGAACCCCAGAUCCUGAUGCUGAGGUUGUGUAUCUUACUCCGGAAAUGUUGUUGGAAUCGGACCGAUAUGUGUGUGAAAUCUGCAACCAGAGUUUCCAAAGAGAGCAAAACCUUCAGAUGCAUAAGAGAAGGCAUAAGGUUCCAUGGAAGUUGCUGAAGAAGAAAGAUAAAGAAGAAGCGAUUAAGAAGAGAGUUUAUGUGUGUCCUGAACCGAGUUGUCUUCACCACAAUCCUAGCCACGCUUUGGGUGAUCUGGUUGGGAUUAAGAAGCAUUUCAGGAGGAAACACAGCAACAACAAACAAUGGGUUUGUGAUAAAUGCACCAAAGGCUAUGCUGUUCAAUCUGAUUUCAAAGCUCAUCUCAAGAUUUGUGGUACCAGAGGCCAUUCUUGUGACUGCGGCCGCGUUUUCUCCAGAGUGGAAGCUUUUAUAGAGCACCAAGAUACAUGCAAAGUUCGGAUGACAAACUAUAACGUUUCCCAAAUCCCUACAAAACCAGCUUCUACUUUCUCAUGUACUGAAAUCCAAUUCCAUCACAAAAGCUCUGAUGAUUCUGAUUUUUGCCACAACCUUGAGCUUGAACUCUUCUCUUCAAGCAACUCUUCCUUUAGCACUGGAAUAAACAACUUGUCCACCAGAAGCAAAGAGAAUCAUCAUCAUUCUACUCAACCACUUUACCAAGAAACCAGUGAAGGAGAGUAUUCAGGAUGGUGCCAGCUUGAUGCAUGUAAGAUUAAUAGCCAAGAAGAUCAUCAUUAUUCUAGGGAUAAGUUUGAUAAUGUGAAAGAUAUUGAUCAGAAGAUGGAAUAUUAUUCAGAAGCGUUUAGGCUGAGGAAUGAGGCACGUGAGCUAUCACGGGUGGCUAUGGAAGAGAAAGCAUUAGCUGAAGAAAAGAGGUAUGAAGCCAAGUGUUUGAUUGAAAUGGCUAAGCAGGAAAUGGCAAAAGCCAAGAAGAUUAGGGAACAAGCAUUUGCAGAGUUCAAUGCGGUUCAGAUCUUAAAAGAUUGUUCAACAAGGCAUGUUAGCUGUGCUAAUAAUAACAACAUUGUGCAGAUUACUACUUGUAACGCUUGCAGAAAAGAGUUCAUGCAGGAGAAAAAGCCUUGUGAUCAGCUCAGAGUUCCAUCCCAUCUUCCAUUUCAGCUAUGAUGAGGUUGAUUAUAGAGGGAAUUAAUAAGGAUGACUUAAUUAAAGAUUCUUGUAUUUAGUACUUGGGAUGAUGAAAUGCAAUGUACUUUUUCUUUCUGUUUAUUUUUUGGAAUUGAUUCACGGCAAUGUUAGUUUUUUCUACCUUACUCUAGAGUUUGUUUGAAUAGUGGAAAAAAUUUGCAGUUUUCUCUAAACUCUUCUUAAUACAAUUAGGACCCCCAAAAAUAUAUAUAUUAUUUCUC